CUCUACUACAGCGCCAAUUCAGCUCUAAACGACUCACGGACGCGCGCGCGCACACGGACUGGGACUUGGCGCUGGAGGAAGUCGCGUAACGGAGUUCAUCUUGACUUCCCGAAGAUACCUGUGACUCUACCUUUGGCGGUGACUCACAUAAAGCCGACACAAUAGUCACUUCACGACAGCUCCUAAUUCUCGCGUCUCCACUUUAGUUUACUGGAGGGAAAAAAGUGAACGAGCGCGCGCCACUUCAGUGUUGGUGGAGGAGUGACGGGUGGCGUCACUGGGAAUGGAUGUGAUGUCUGUACCUGCAUGUGUUAGGCCUAUAUGUGUGGGACGUGGGCUUUGGGGAAUGGGAAUUUACUCCUAACAUCACAGAGAGAUUGGGGCUCUCGUUUUUCAGCUAUUUCUGCCAGCUGGCAACAUGAAACACACACUUUGGUGGAACUUGGCCAGAUUGAUUGUGUUCUGGAGAGUGGUACACGCACAGGCUGGUCCAGAUGGGGAGAUAACAGCAGAGGAGCAGGUGCAGAUGCUCCUGGAUGCCAAACUUAAGUGCCUCCAUACUGUAUCUACACAUGACCUGGCAGUGGAUGUGUGCCCUCCAGAAUGGGAUGGUUUGAUCUGUUGGCCACAAGGUUCCCCUGGAUUUCUGAGCAAAGUGCCCUGUCCCAGAUACAUCUAUGAUUUCAACCAUGCAGGCUAUGCCUACAGGAGGUGUGAAUCCAAUAGUUCCUGGGUGCUUGGAGAGGGCUUGAAUAAGACGUGGGCCAAUUACUCAGAGUGUAUAAAAUCCCCUAGGCCCAACAGAGAACGACAGGUAUUUUUUGAGAGGCUUCACAUCAUGUACACUGUGGGGUAUGCAGUGUCCUUUGGGUCUCUUCUAGUGGCUAUCCUCAUCAUUGGAUAUUUUAGGCGCCUGCACUGCACAAGAAACUACAUCCAUGUGCACCUGUUUGUGUCCUUCAUACUACGUGCUAUAAGCAUCUUCGUAAAAGACCGGGUGGUGCACACCAGUGCUGGCCUCCAGGAAUUUGAUGCUGUGCUCAUGAAUAACCUCACAAACACAGUGGAUGUAGCACCAGUGAACACUUCUCAGUAUAUAGGUUGUAAGGUGACAGUUCUUCUGUUCAUCUAUUUUCUGGCAACAAACUACUACUGGAUCCUUGUGGAAGGCUUGUACCUGCACAGCCUCAUCUUUAUGGCUUUCCUGUCAGACACUAAGUACCUGUGGGGCUUCACUCUGAUUGGAUGGGGUGUACCUGCAAUCUUUGUGUCAGCCUGGGCAAUCGUAAGGGCAACAGUGGCAGAUUCCAGAUGCUGGGAGCUAAGCGCAGGCAACAUCAAAUGGAUAUAUCAAGUCCCUAUCCUGACAGCCAUUGGGCUAAACUUUAUCCUAUUUGUGAAUAUUGUUCGGGUGCUGGCAACCAAGAUCCGAGAGACCAACGCAGGCCGAUAUGACACGAGAAAACAGUACAGGAAGCUGGCUAAAUCCACGCUGGUGUUGGUGUUCGUUUUUGGUGUACACUACAUUGUGUUUGUGGGGAUGCCACACACCUUCAAGGGAUUCGGCUGGGAAGUGCGCAUGUACUGCGAGCUCUUCUUCAACUCUUUCCAGGGUUUCUUUGUGUCCAUAAUCUACUGUUACUGCAAUGGAGAGGUCCAGACAGAAAUAAAAAAAACCUGGACACGCUGGAAUCUGGCCUUCAACUGGAAGGGUCCAGUAGUGUGUGGCACUUACCGCUACGGCUCAGUGCCAACAGGCCUCAACAACAGCACCAGCAGCCAAUCACACCUGGCCACAGGAGCAUCUGGUACGCGCUCCACCAUGCUCUUCUCCAGCCGGGUAUACCGCAGCACUGGAGCCCCCUCCAUCAGUGCCCACAUGGCCCUGCCAGGCUAUGUGCUUAACAAUUCAGAUGCUGACAGCCUACCACCAUCCAUUCCUGAGGAGUCAGAGGACAGUGCAAAGAAGGUGGAUGACAUUCUGUUGAAAGAGUCACUUCUUGCACUUCCCAGUAGUGGCCCUGAAGAUGAUGAGGAGACUUUGUAGAUAUCAAUAUCUGGACCUGUGACAUAAUAUUGAAACAUUUCACCACUCAUUUAAUGAGAGGACAUUAUACCACAAGCCAUGUCACCUUAGCUUACUACUGCUACACAUUUAAAAUAAGCUGGAUGACUGAAAACCUUCAUAGACAUGUAUAUGAUAAAGAGGAUCAAGCUGCACAAUCAUCAUGGUAUUAUUGAGAUUGCUAAGCAUGAGAAAUAAGGGUGUACCAACUUACAAUCUUUUAAACUGUGAUCUAUUACUUUUAUCUUUUAUAAUCCCCUACUAUUCAACGCUUUCUGGCGAAAAGCAGAAGGUGCUUAGAAGUCCAACCCUAAGUUCUCAGAGCUUUCCCAAGUUUCACAAUCAUUCUCCAUGUCAUUUAGUCUAGAUCAUCAUCUACACUUUCAAAUAAAUUAUAAAUUAUUCAUGUGUACUGGCAAAGCUGUUAAAUUUUCCCCAAAUUGUGAAUUCUUUGCAGUGAGCAUAUCUACAGUAUAUAUGGAAGAAAUUUGACUAAAAGGCAAUUAUCUUUAACAAAGUGUGUAAAUAUGUGAGUAGAAGACUCACCUGGAGCAAUUUCACAUAUGUCAA